ACUACGGUUACCAGGCAAUGGAGUCACUCCUUUAGCUUGGGUGCUAGAGAGCUGUGCUGUAGGUCUGAGGUUCAAACCCAGCUGAGGGCUCCACUAGGGCUAGUGCACAUGGCUGGAGCUGGGUGGGGGGGGGGCUAUUGCUGACUCUUCCUGCGAAGGAGGAGAGGGAGACUGAGUCAGUAUUUCAGGCACUAGCUGGAGACCUGGGUUCUGUUCCCCACUCUGCUGCAGACACCCUGUAUCGGUGGUUUUCAAACUGUGGUACUGGGUCACGGAACGAAAGGCGCUGGGUCACAGCAGCUCUGCCCAGCAGCUCCUACCGGGCUGUUAAACGUCCCAUCAGCGGUGCAGCCUGGCUGAGGCAAGCUAUUCCCUAUCUGUUCUGACACCGCGCUGCACCCCGGAAGUGGCCAGCAGCAGGUCCAGCUCCUAGGUGGGGGCGGGGGGGCACUGCCCCUGCCCCAAGCACCGGCUCUGCACUCCCAUUAGCCAGUUUUCAGCCAAUGGGAGCUGGGGAAGGGCAGUGCCUGCGCGCGAGAGCCGCAUGGAGCCGCUUGCACACCUCUGCCUAGGAGCCGAACAUACUGCUGGCCACUUCCGGGGCGCAGCACAGUCCGUGGUGCCAGGACAGGCAGGCAACUUGCCUUAGCACCCCUGCUGCACCACUGAUCGGGAGCCACCUGAGGUAAGCCCGAGCCCCAACCCUGUGAGCCAAUCCCCUCCCCCAGCCCUGAGCCCCCCCAACCAAGAGCCCCCUCCUGCACCCCAAACCCCUCAUCCCUGACCCCACCCCAGAUCCUGCACCCUCAGCCCAGAGCCCUGACCCUGUCCCAUACCCUAGUCCCCUGCCCCAGCCCUGAGCCCCCCCAAACCCAGAGCCCCCUCCUGCACCCCAAACCCCUCAUCCCUGGCCCUACCCUGCUGUUCUCACCUAUGCACCCCAACCCUCAGCCCCAGCUGCACUGAGUCAUGGGCAUCGACAAUUUUCUUCAACUGGGUCACCAGAUAAAACUACUGCCCUGUAUGACCUUGGGCAAGUCACUUAGUCCCUCUGUGCCUCAGUUUCCCCUCUGCCCAUUGGGGAACAGCCUUCCCCCCUGGCAGGAGGAUAAAGAGGAAGGCGAUUGGAUACUCAGGGGACGAGAGAGCACAGCUAGGAUGAGCCCCUGGCUAUUUUGCUGAGGUUUUCGCCCUGUUGUGUAGCCACGAUACGUUCGCACUGUAGCGUCUUGGUCACAAGAGGGCGCACAAACCCCCAACUUCAGCCUUGGCAACUCCUCCAAGAGCUACAAAAGUCUCCUGCAAGUUCAGUUCACAGCAGCCCAGCCCUGCAGCUGCCUCCGGCUCUGCGGAGCAUCCUUCGGUGCCCUCUCCCCCCAGGCCUGGUGGCUGCAUGCAAGAGCCUGGAAAACCUGCUCGGCUGCUGCACUGGCUGGUCCUAGAGGAGGGCUGGGGUCUCUCUCCUAACUUCUCACCCACUGGGAAGAAGCCUGGAAGGAGCCAGGAGGAUUUGGGGAAGUCUCUGCAUCCCCCCAGCACAACCUUGCAAAAGGCUGACCAGCCCCAGCCGACUAUGGAAGAAGCUGCAGAUGCUGCCUAGUUCUUUUCUUCCUUUCCUGAGUUUCUGGAGCUCUCUGUAAAGCACAAAGUUCUGUUCUCCUCCCUGGGCGAUGCUGCCUCCUAGGAACUAACUGGAAAACGCCUCGUCCUUCUAGCUGCAAGAUUUCAGCCUGCAGCAGCGAGAGGAUGGAGAACAAGGCCAUGUACCUGCACACCUUCAGCGAGCGGGAGAACGGCUCCAUCUUUGAGGAGUCAUUUGAUGGAAGGAACCUGUCCAAACUGAACCUCUGUGAGGAUGGUCCAGGCGGCAGGAGGAGGGGAACAGGGCGCUGUGGCCGGCUGGGCUCCAUCACAGCUCUGAAGUACGCGGUGGUCGGACUCUACCUGCUCGUGUUCCUGAUCCUCGUCGGCUUCUUCAUCCUGGCAGUCUCCAGGCCGCAGAGCUCCCCCGAGGACCUGAAGGCGCUGACGGGGAAUGUGAACCGCCUGAACGAGAGCAUCAGGGAUAUGCAGCUCAAGCUGCUGCAGCUGCCGCUCAAAGGGGACAUCCUGGACCACAUCUGGCGGCUCCAGGAUCUGCUGCAGAAUCACUCAGACUCCCUCUUCCUGAUGACGGGCUCCCUGCAGAAGCUGGAGGGGUUCCUCUGGAGCCUGCAGGCCCAGGCGAGCCAAACGGACAAGGCCGUGGCCAGCCUGAGAGACAGCUUGCACCAUCAGAGUGACAUGGCCCAGCUGGAGACUUACAGGCUCUCAGUGGAGGGCAACAGCAGCCGGCUGCUGCUGGAGCACCACAACAGCCUCCUCACGCACCUGGCCACCCAGGUGGAGAGCCUGAGCGACCAGCUGACCGAGGUGGGCGGGGCCGUGGGCACCAUCAACAGGACCUUCUCCUACGACGUGGGCAUCCACCACACCCGGAUACAGGACCUGCAGGUGCUGAUCAGCAACGCCACGGAGGACGCCCGGCAGAUGAGGCGGAUCCAUAUUGCCAUGGAGCAGCAGCUGAAGCAGGAGCUGGCCAUCCUGAACAAUGUGACUGAGGACCUGAGGCUGAAGGACUGGGAGCACUCCAUCGCCUUGCGGAACAUCUCCGUGAUACGGGGGCCUCCAGGACCAAAAGGAGACCAAGGCAAUGAAGGAAUGGAAGGUGAACCUGGAGUUCCUGGUUUACCUGGACUAAGAGGGCUCCCUGGGGAGAGAGGGCCUCUGGGACCACCUGGCCUGAAAGGAGACAAAGGAGACCUCGGCCCGUACGGCCCUGCUGGGAUGCGGGGAUUCAAAGGUGAUCGAGGCCAGAAAGGAGAGAAGGGAGACAGAGGUGGCGAAACAGCUGCUGCCGAGGAGGGGCUGAUCCGGCUGGUGAACGGCUCUGUCCCCCACGAGGGGCGGGUGGAGGUGUUCCAUGACCGGCACUGGGGGACGGUGUGCGAUGACAGCUGGGACAAAAAGGACGGGGACGUGGCCUGCAGGAUGCUGGGUUUCCGAGGCGCUCAGGAGGUGUACAGGAUGGCCAGGUUCGGGCAAGGUAUAGGGCGGAUCUGGAUGGACGACGUCGCCUGCAAAGGCACAGAGGACAGUCUGUUUCAGUGCACCUUCUCCAGCUGGGGGAAGAGCAACUGCGGCCACGCCGAGGACGCUGGAGUGAAGUGCCUCACGCAGUGACCUCAAGGACAAGCCACCAGCGGGAAGCCAGAUUAUCCCAUCAAGAGGGGGCUGUGCCGAGAGAGAGGGACACACUGAGAAAUGCUGCAGCAACCAUCCGUAUAUCCUUAGCCCAGCCGCCUGCUCCAGGGUGACUGAGCAUGUGCCUUUUGCCUCCGGGCUCACUGCCGAGUCUGUCGUCUUCUGAUCUACUGAGACUCCUCUCCCGUGUGUCCCACCGUCCUGGAUAAUAUUAGCACUUCCUGUAGCCCUCCCCCUCCUUGCCUUUUCUGUCUCUUGCUCUCGCUUCUAGAUCAAAGUUAAGGCUGCAAAGCCAUUAUCCCUGUCCACCCCUUCUCCUUUCCCCAGCCCUGUAAUAUACAUGGGUAUUUUAACAGCCGCUGAGACUCAUCAUCUUGCCGCGGGCUAGUAGGACUGGACUGUGAGACCGGUGCCGUGCCCGCAAAGACUCUGAGGUAGAUACAACAAGGAGCAACUGCACUUAGGCUGGCUGGAGAGGGACGUAUUCUCCUGUUUAGCUUAGCAAGCCAGCGAACCAGCCCCAGCCUAUACGUCCUCAAACAUUUUAGUAGAGAAAUAAAUGUCUUUUUACUCUU